AUGGUGAACGUGUUUGCCGUGCCCAUCUUCUUCAUUUGCAUGCGCGAAUGCCUCGAGACGAGCAUCAUCGUCUCUGUCCUGCUGUCUUUCCUCAAGCAGACGCUGGGUCCCGGGCAUGACCCGCUCACGUACAAGCGCCUGGUCAAGCAGGUGUGGAGUGGAGUUGCCGCCGGCCUGUUUAUCUGCCUUAUCAUCGGCGGCGGCUUUAUUGGCGCCUUCUACGGCGUUGGCCACGACUAUUUCUCCAAGACAGAAGACCUGUGGGAGGGCAUCUUCAGCCUGAUUGCCGCCAUCAUCAUCACCAUCAUGGGCGCAGCGCUGCUCCGGGUGUCCAAGCUGCAGGACAAGUGGCGCCUGAAGCUUGCGAAAGCCCUCGAGGCCAGGGAGAGCAUCAGGACGGUGAACAAGGGCCGCGUGAAGCUCUGGGCCGAGAAGUACGCCAUGUUCCUCCUCCCAUUCGUCACCGUGCUGCGCGAAGGGCUCGAGGCGGUCGUGUUCAUUGGCGGCGUCAGUCUCGGCAUGCCGGCCGAGAGCUUCCCACUGGCUGUCGUUGCUGGCUUGGCUGCAGGCAUCGUAAUCGGCUACCUCAUCUACAAGGGCGGGAAUUUCGCAUCGCUGCAAAUCUUCCUGAUCAUUUCCACCUGCUUCCUGUACUUGGUCGCGGCCGGCCUGUUUUCCAAGGCCGUGUGGAGCCUCGAGAUGCACCGCUGGACCCAGCUUACGGGCGGAGACGCGGCUGAGACUGGAUCGGGCCCUGGCUCAUACGACAUCCGGCAGAGCGUGUGGCAUGUGAACUGCUGCAACCCGGAGAUCAACGGCGGCGGCGGCUGGGGCAUCUUCAACAGCAUCCUGGGCUGGCAGAACUCGGCCACGUACGGAUCCGUCAUUUCGUACAACCUCUACUGGGUCUUGGUGUUGGUGACGUUCGCGGGCAUGCGCCACGUAGAGAGGGGCGGCCGGGUGCCCUUCUUCAAGAAGAAGCCAAGCUCGCAGUGGGAGCGCGACAACGAGCCCGGUGUCCAAGACAAGGCCAUCGUCGGCAAGAAGGUCGCUGGUGGCGACGGAGUGCCCGCGUCGACAAAUGUGCGGGAGCUUCACGAGCACGAAACGCGCGAGUCCUACAGAAUCUCGUCGCACUCCCGACUGUCGGUGCUGACCGCUGAUCUCCGCCAACACUAG